AUGAAAAGAUUGCCAAUUCUCGCCCUCGUCCCGCUGAUACGAACCGUGCUCUCCAGCCAUAUUCACAUCACCAAACAUCCCAAAGGCAACCAUGGUGCAGAACCGGGGUCACCAGAAUUUUGGAGCCAUCUCGCCGUCAGUGUCGUGCUAGUUUUGUUGGGUGGUAUCUUUGCGGGGCUGACACUUGGCUUAAUGGGUCUCGACGAACUCCAUCUACGUGUGCUGGCCGCAUCAUCAGAGGAUGUUAUAGAGAGGAAGAACGCUCAGAAAGUUUUGCAGUUGAUGCAAGGGAGGAGACACUGGGUUCUUGUUGUCCUUUUGUUGGGAAACGUGAUUGUCAACGAAAGUCUUCCCAUCUUCCUGGACAAUGCCCUUGGGGGCGGGUAUGCAGCGAUAGCUAUCUCCACUACAGCGAUAGUGAUAUUUGGAAUCAUACCACAAGCUGUGAGUGUGCGGUACGGGCUCUUCGUCGGCGCAACAUGUGCUCCAUUCGUAUUAGUCGUGAUGUAUAUCUUCGCCCCCGUCGCCUAUCCCAUCGCCAAGCUGCUGGACUACGUCCUGGGUGCGAACGAGGCCCACACAUACAAAAAGGCGGAACUCAAGUCUUUCCUCCAGUUCCACCGUACCGGCGAGGAGCCGCUACGUGAUGAUGAGAUCACCAUCUUGAACGGUGUCUUGGAGCUGAACUCGAAAAACGUCGAGACGAUUAUGACUCCUCUCAAGGACACCGUGAUUCUUAGCUCAGAUGACAUUCUCGACCACGCCGCCGUUGACGCCAUACUACAAAGCGGAUACUCCCGUUUCCCAGUCCACGAAGCAGGCAGCCCACUGGCCUUCGUCGGGCUCCUCCUCGUCAAGAAGCUAUUGACAUACGACCCUAAACAGGCUCUGCCCGUGUCCGCCUUCUCACUGUCCAUCCUGCCUGAAGCGCACCCUUCAAUCAAUUGUUUCCAAGCCCUGGAUUACUUCCAGACAGGAAGAGCGCACCUGUUGUUGAUUAGCCGGACACCAGGUAGAGAGGGCGGAGCUAUCGGCGUUAUUACGCUUGAAGAUAUAAUAGAGGAAAUUAUUUCAGAGGAAAUCAUAGACGAGACAGACAGAUACCACGACAAUCAGAGUAAAAAUAGAGCUCGGAGACAAACGACGGACGAGAUCAUGCGAGGUAUCGUCGAAUACGAGAUCCAUCCGAGACGGGACGAACUCUCCGAAACGGCCUCGUUGUUGGGGUACAUCCGUAGUCGGGACGGUAAUAUCAAUCCGAGGAGUCUUCCGGUGAUUAAGUAUGGGGCACCGGCGUUGAUUGAUUCGCCGAGAUCGAUGUCGUUGACGCGGUGA